AUGGGCGGCACCAAGCACGAAAUUGCCGCCGACACCAAGGCCGAGCCCGUCGAGCUCGAGCUCGUCGAACAUGCCCAGCCACACAAGAAGACCGCCAACUUUAGCAUGGACGACGCGGCCAAGCUCAUGGCCGAAGCUGGCCAUGUCGAGGCCACUCCAGAGGACCGCAAGCGUGUCCUUCGCCUGAUCGACAUCUACGUCUGUCUCCCCAUGUGCAUCACGUACUUUGCUCAGCAGCUUGACAAGUCCUCGCUGUCCUAUGCAGCGGUUUUCGACCUGCAGACGGCCACUGGCCUUCACGGAACGCAGUACUCGUGGCUCAGCUCCAUUGUCUACAUUGCCCAGCUCUGUCUCCAGCCCCUCUCGUCGUAUGCCCUCAUCAUCUUCCCCAUCAAGUACUGGGUCUGCUUCAAUUUUGCCGGAUGGUCGAUCAUGACCAUCUGCACUGCUGCCGCGCACAACUGGUCUGGCCUCAUGGCCUGUCGUUUCCUCCUCGGCAUGUUUGAGGCGACCAUCCUUCCGGCGUUCAUCUUCCUCACUCAGUGCUGGUACACUCGUCGCGAGCAGGCGUCCCGUACCAUCGCUUAUCAGAUCGCCAACUCAUGCGCUGCCAUUAUCGGCCCCCUCAUGUCCUACGGCAUUGGCCACGCUACCGCCAAGAUCCACGCCUACCAGGGUAUCUUCCUGUUCAUUGGCUGCCUCUCGUUUGCCUUUGUCCCCCUCAUCUUCUGGAUGCUGCCCAACUCGCCCGUCACCGCUCCCUUCCUGAAGCGCGGCAACGACCGUGUGAUUGCCAUCGAGCGUCUCCGUGAGAACAACACCGGUACCAAGUCGAGCACCUGGAAGUGGAACCAGGUCUGGGAGGUGUACCGCGACCCCAAGACCUACCUCUGGGCCGCCAUGUACAUCUGCACGUCUACUCCCUCGGGCGGUUUUGGAACUUUCGGUGGACUUAUCAUUAAGGGCUUCGGCUUCACUUCGUUCAAGGCUAUCCUCAUGCAGUGCCCCACCGGUGUCAUUGCCAUCCUCACACUCAUCAUCACUGGCUACCUCACCACCAAGCUCAAGGUCCGCUGGGCUGUCAUUGCCUGCUGCGCCAUCCCCCCGAUCGCUGGCGCCGUCGGUCUCUGCCGUAUCCCCCGCACCAACACCGGUGCCCUCACCGCAUGCUACUACGUCGCCCAGGUGCUUUCCGGCAUCCAGCCCCUGCUGUACACGUGGGCCAACUCGAACGCCGGAGGCUCGACCAAGCGUGUCGUCACGUUUGCCACCAUGUUCGUCUUCCAGUGCGCGGGCAACAUCAUCGGCCCCCAGGUCUACUUUGCCCGCGAGGCGCCCUACUACCACACGGGUCUCUACGUCAACAUUGGCUGCUGGAGCGUGCUCAUCCUCCUCAUCUGCAUCCAGCGCGUCUACCUCGGCCACCUCAACAAGAAGCAGGCCGCGCGCCGCGUCGCCAUGGGCCUCCCCGAGGAGCUCGAGGACAUGUCCAUCAUGACCUACGAGGAGGCGCAAAAGUACAAGGAGCAGCUCACGGCCCAGAUGGCUGCUGCUGGCCUCGACAUUGCCACCCUGUACGAGAACGCCUUUGACGACAUGACCGACUUUGAGAACCCGGCCUUCAUCUAUGUUCUUUGA